AUGUCUUUAGAAGAAAAAUUUCAUGCUGCUGUUAACGUGAUACGAAGCCUACCGAAAAGUGGAUCGUACCAGCCCAGCAAUGAGAUGAUGCUAAAUUUUUACAGCUACUUCAAGCAAGCGACUGAUGGCCCUUGCACUAAACCGAGACCCGGCUUUUGGGAUGUCAUAAAUAGGGCAAAAUGGGAAGCCUGGAAGCGGUUAGGCAAUAUGACAAAGGAAGAUGCGAUGCAGUCCUAUGUUGACGAAUUACAUAAGAUCAUUGAGACGAUGUCGUACAACUCUGACGUGGCGUCGUUCUUGACGAUAAACGAAGACGGCGACCCGUUCCCUAGCGCGGAUCUGCAGCUGGUGGCCGGAGACGUGCUGGCCAGGUGCAAGGAUGACUCGCAGCACAAUUCGCCGAUGUAUUCCCGUUCAGUGAGCGGCGCUUCGUCCCCCAUUCCCGAAGAGGUAUCGUCAAGGACGAGGCACGACUCCGAAGACGAGUUUAUCGACACUGUCGAUGUGGACCAAGAACCUGUUCACCAGCAGACAGUGCCAAGGCUCAGCAAUGGGCACGCAUAUCAAAUCUCCUCUCAGCUCACACAUCUAAAAGUACUAGAACAGCUACCUGGAACACUCGCCCGAUUAGAAGCGGACGUGGCAGCUCUAAGGAAAGCCGUAGAGGGUGACAGAAGGAUACUGGAUCAAGUGUCGAGCGGCUGGCGCUGGCCAGGCACAACACUUAAUACCAUCGAGUACUGUCAAGUGUACAAUGGUGCUGACGCAUUUGGUCGAUAG